UCAGUAACAUAUUAUAACAAAGCUGCAACAAAAAAUUGUUUAAAGCCUGUGAUAGUAUAAAUUUUAUACUAAAUAAAAUAUACAAAUAUUUUUAGCGGAGCCCCACUAUAUUUUACAGAAAUUCAAACUUUUCUUCAAAUAUACUGAUUUUUACGUCGUAACGAGUAGUUUUUAUUUUAUUUAAAAUUUAAAGUAUGGAUAUUACUUACAGCAUUAUAACACAACUUUCAGUACUAGAACUGUACUAAGAAUAAUAAGGUACUGGUUUUAGUACUAGUGGCGCCAUUGGUAUUAAAUAAAAUAUUCUUAAAAAUGAACAAUUUAAUACAUUAAUACUUGCGUUUAUCAUUUUAUUUAAAUUGAAGCUGUUUUUAAGGGAAAUAUGGUUACGUUACGUUUAUUGCAAAUAAUGAUUAUUAUUGGUUCUGUUUGAGGUUAAUUCGCUAUUAGUUGAGUACAGACCUAAGAAUAUAGGAACGAAAUCAUAAACGUAUUCAACCUAUCAAAAUCUAUUUUUAUCGCUACCACGGUUGUAUACGAUCGUGAUCAUUAUAAAUUCGUUAUGAACGCAAGUUUACUCAAUAUCGAACGAAAUGCGUUAUUACAAAUUUCACGGUAUUCAAGUGUAGCUACAAAACAAACGCCUGCUGAAUACUGUUUUGAAUUAGUUAGAAAACUAGAUUAUGAAAAUUUUUUAUGUACAUUGUUACUAAAACGUACAGCAAGAUCAUCUGCAUUUGCCAUACGUGCGUUUAAUGUGGAAGUGGCUCAAGUACAAGAUCAAGUACACGAUUAUAAAAUAGGACAAAUGAGAUUAAAAUUUUGGGCGGAUGGAUUAAGUAAUACGUACAAGGGAAGUCCUCCAAGAAGUCCUGUUUUUUUGGAAUUACAUAGGACUCUACAGAAGUGUUCCCUUUCCAAACAUUAUUUCAAACGCCUAAUUGAUGCUCGUCUAGAAAGACUUAACAACAGUCUAAUUCAAAAUAUUAAUGAAAUAGAGAAAUAUGCAGAGUACAGUACUUCUUCCAUUUAUUACUUAUUAUUGGAGGCACAUGGUAUAACCAACAUAAACGCAGAUCAUGUUGCAAGUCAUAUGGGCAAAGCACAUGGAAUAGUUAACUUAAUUCGAUCGAUUCCUUAUAAUGCCAAAAAAAGAGUGAAUAUGUUACCACAAGAUAUUUUAAUGAAGUAUGGUGUUUCUACAGAAGCAGUGUUUCAGGGUGAACCAAGUAAGGAUUUAAAAAAUGUGAUAUUUGACAUUGCUUCUUGUGGGAAAUUGCAUUUAGAUGCGGCAAUUUCUCUUAAAAGUAAAAUGGAAAAAAAUGCGGGUUUGAUUUUUUUACCAAUAGUUUGUUUGGAAACUUAUUUAAAUGAAUUAAGGAAGUCAGACUUUAAUGUUUUUGAUACACGAUUACAGAAAAGAAACAGUUUACUUCCUGUACGCUUGUAUUGGAAAAAAUUGAUGUACUGAUA